CCCGGCCCCUCCCGCCGCGGAACGCGCCCGCGCGGCUGCGGCGGCGGCCCGGAGCCCACGGGCGGCGGACCCGGAGCGGCCCCGCCAUGGCCCGGGACCCGGCCUUCGUGCUGCGCUACCUGGCCGAGGUGGAGGAGCUGGCCGAGGACGUGCUGGCGGCGCGGCAGCAGAUCGUGGACCUGGACGUGAAGCGGAACCGCAACCGCGAGGCCCUGCGGGCGCUGCAGAAGGACCCGGAGCCCGAGGAGAAGGCCAUGGUUUGCUUCGGGGGCAUGUUCAUCGAGCUGCCGAAGGCGAAGACCCGGGAGAUGCUGCGGCAGGACCAGGAAGAGCUGGACGAGGAGAUAAACAAGCUCCGGAAGGAGCUGCGGCUGAAGGUCAACCGGCUCUAUGAAGCUCAGGGUAAACCUGAGCUGAAGGGGUUUAACCUGAAUCCCAUGUCUGCUGAGGAGAUGAAGCUCAUCAACCGCAUCCUGGAGGGCUGAGGUGGCCCUGCCACUGUCACAGCCUGUUUGCUGGCACUGGGGGCUCACGUUUCAUCCCACAGUCCGUUGGAUUUGCAGGACGUUGGUGUGUCCAGAGCCCACCCAGGUGAGGUGGGAAUUGUCUGGCUCCUCAGCUGCACCUCUGCAGUUUCUUUGGACCACAAACCCUUCCCUGCUCUGUGCUGGACCUGGGGUGGCAGAGCUGUGCUGGGCACAGAGCUGGGCAAAGGCUGGGCUGGAAGUGGGAUCAUUAAAAUCAGAGCAGUGGGACA